ACACCGCGCCAGUCUAGCCGCGGGGGCGGCGGCCCGGAAAAUAAAGUUUGUAGAAGUUUGAGAAAGUUUGGAGCGGUGGCUCCCAUGAUGCCGCGGUGAGUCGGCACUGGCCCCGCCCGCAAGUUGCUGCUGCACCGAGCGACGAACAGGCACGAUGUUGUGUUUUUCUGUGUUUCGAGGAGCUAACCUCCUGAGAGCUCGAAAUCUUUUAUCUGCUGCCGCUGUUCGAACGGUUCAUGGACAUGAGAUUGUUAAGCAGGAGAACAUGUCACUACCGAUGUACAGUGAUCGGAAGGAUACACCACUCCCGGAUAUUCCCUAUGUUAAGGAGAUGAAUGCCGAGCAGACGGCACUGAAAGAAAAGGAGAAGAGUGCGUGGACAAAUUUGACCAACGAGGAGAAGGUCGCAUUGUACCGUGUAGCUUUCCACCAGAGCUACACAGAGAUGUCCAGAAAAAACAACGAGUGGAAGACUGUGGUGGGCGGUGUGUUCAUUUUCAUCGGAUUCACUGGCCUGAUUGUGUGGUGGCAGACAGCCAACGUUUAUCCCUCCCAACCACACACCUUCAAUGAGGAGUGGCAACGAAAACAAAUCAAAAGAAUGCUGGAUAUGCGCAUGAACCCUAUUGAGGGAAUUGCCUCCAAAUGGGAUUAUGAGAAGAAUGAGUGGAUUAAGUAAUCGUUUAAGACCGAAGCCCGAGAUUCCAACAAUCGCCAAUGGAACUACUUUAAAUGGCCUAUUUUCAUCCUCCCAGUGUCUAAAUGAAAUGUAAAAUAAGCACACGUGCCUUCAGCAGCUUUUAAUAAUUAAAAUGUCAUUGCUGUAAUAAUGCAACUUGUAAUAAAGGUUGCUCUUCUUAAA